CAGAACUUGGCAACGCAUCUUCCUGACCGUGACCAGGGUUGUGCGUGAAGCCCCAGACAAGUCGGCCUUUGGGCAUUAAAAACCAGCUUUCCUAAGACAGUCUUUGAGUAUGGAGAAGUUGAGCGAAUAAACUUCAGCGUCAACUCUGUUCGCUUGGUUAUUUUACAUGUGCUUUAUGGACCAUGUGCUGCUAUGUAUGCCUGAAACACUUGAAAUGCAAAUUCGGGGAGACUUUGCCAUCUAAAUGCUUGGCUGGAUUAACCGCCUGAUUAGGAUGGUUUUUCAACAAGUUGGAGUAAGCAUGCAAUCGGUACUUUGGUCUGGAAAGCCUUAUGGUUCAUCUCGAAGUAUCGUAAGGAAGAUUGGUACUAAUUUAUCUCUGAUUCAGUGCCCAAGAGUUCAGUUUCAGGUCCAACCUGCUCUGCCUCCAAUCCAGCUCCCUACUAAUGUGCCUGGCAAAGCAGCAGAGGAUGGCCCAAGUCCUGGGGCCCCUGCAUCCAUGUUGGAGACCUUGAAGAAGUUCCUGGCUUCGGUGUGGCCCUGCCUUGGCUGUUUUGGCCAUUUGAGAAGUGAACUAGUAGAUCUCACCAGCAAUGCAGCAGAAUGGAGCCCCAACCCAGGAGAGGAUACAGUGCCAUCUUUGGCUGAUGUUGGAUGGGUAGUCAAAGAAGAAGGAGAAUGUUCAACAAGACUAAGGACAGAGGUCAGGUCAAGGCCACCCCUCCAGGAUGACCUUCCUUUCUUUGAGAAGCCCCCUGGCAGGCAGAUUUCCUCACCAAACUUGUCUCAAGAAGAGUCGCAGCUGAAGACUACGACACUGGCAAAUGAAGAAGCACUGCAGAAGAUCUGUGCACUUGAAAAUGAACUUGCUGCUCUCAGAGCUCAGAUUGCCAAAAUCGUCACCCUGCAAGAGCAGCAACACCUCAUUGCAGGUGAUUUAGAUACUACCACGUCUGUUACCACAGCAGCACCCCCUCUCCCACCCCCUCCGCCUCCACCUCCGCCUCCCCCCCCACCAGCGCUCCACCAAAGUCUGUCUGCCAUUGAUCUGAUUAAAGAGCGAAAGGAGAAAAAAGCCAAUGCUGGAAAGACUUUGGUUAAAAACAAUCCAAAGAAACCCGACAUGCCAAAUAUGCUGGAGAUCCUUAAAGAUAUGAACAGUGUGAAACUUCGGGCAGUGAAGAGGCCAGAGCAAGAUGUAAAGCCCAAGCCAGUAGAUGCUACUGACCCUGGUGCCCUAAUAGCAGAGGCUCUGAAAAAGAAAUUUGCUUAUCGGUAUCGAAAUGAUAGCCCAGGUGAAGUUGAAAAAGGAGUUCCAAAGUGUGAAUCAGAGUCCACUUCAGACACGGUGUUGUUUGGACCACAUAUGUUGAAGUCUACAGGAAAAAUGAAGGCUUUAAUUGAAAAUGUCUCAAACUCCUAAUAGACAGUAUGCUGAGAAAGACUAUCCUGGGUUCAGCUGUUGGUUUUUGAGGGCUGUGUUUGGCUAGUAGAAAUCAACAUUAUUUAGUAAAUCCUGACUUUAGUAUUCAGUGGUCUCCUUUUCUAACCUAAUUAGAGGACAAAGCAAUAACGAAAAGUACUAGAUGUUUGGUUUUUGCUUUGAUACAUCGUCAGUUCUGGAAUUCUGUCGUGUUGCAAGUUCUGACCUGUUGCUUAUGUGUAGCCAGAAUGUUUGGGUUUUCAGUCUUAAAAAACUUGUACAAUUUCAGAACAUUUAGAAGGACACUUGUGAAUGUUACUGUGCAUUUUAAAUUAACACUAAUUUAUCUAUUCAAAUGUUUUAUAUGCAUAUAUUUGGAUGUAAGACAGUUUAUGUAAAAAUUAGUACUGAUGACAGCAAUGAAGGGUACUGUUACCAUCAUUGUUUUCUGUGAUCAUUUCCGAUUCAGUGAUGUAACAGCUGCUAUAACAUAAGUUGUUGGAGUGAAAUAUUUGAGAUUGGAAUCUUCUUGCCUUGAACAGAACUUAUAUCUUAGAUUCUCACAUUUUUUGGAGCUGGGUUUGAGUAAGAACCAGAUGAUGUUCAAUGCUCAGAUUCCACAAUGCCUUCCACUAAAGGAAAGCUGCUUUUGCCUCAUUGCCAUGCAGUGCUGAGGAUGAAAAUGUACUUUUCCAAGUAGGGACAAAUCAUAUUGCUGAAUUAAAUCCCUUUUUAACUGAAAACUAGAAACGUACCACUUUCUUUUCUGUUUCAUGAAUGGCAUCAUAAAGGUGACAUGUUGCUAAUUUAAUACUUCUGGAGAUGUCAGCAUAAUGGAGUUUAUAAAGUUAAUAUUUUGGCCAAAUAUUAAAACAUUAUUGAAUAGGCAAAUUUCUAUAAAUUAUUUGUCAUUUAUAGAAUGCUGUUCCAAUAAAUUAUAUUAUGCAGUAUAAACCUUAGGUGUUAUUAGAAAGUGGAAACCUGCCUUUCUAAUCUAGGGCUUCUAAGUACUUGCUGUAACUGAUUACUUUUAAAUGCUUAAUAAGCUCACAUGAUUUUCUGUUUCUGAUAAACUCAGCUGUAGUUAAUGCCAGAAUCUCCUACCAUGAGUAAGUAUUUGUAUUAUUUAAAUCUAGUUUAGGGGAAAAAAAAAACCAGUUAUACUUCCUGGGAGGAGUAAGAAACACGAAUAGACAUUCACCUUUAAGUUAUUUAAAAAUUUAUGUUGUUCUGCUUAAAUAUUAACAAAAACUGAGGUAAUUUACAUGGUUUGGUUAUUCAGCUAAAUUUAAACUGGCUUAUUUUACAUAUUCUUGCAUUGUUUCUAAUUGUUUUAUAUUAUUUAAAAUUUCUGCCUUCAAAGAAGUUAAGAAAAUUCGCCUGACAUAUUCUGACCUCCCAAGAAACUUAUAUUUUGUAUCAGUAUUGAAUUUUGGCUAGUGCUUCAAUUAGUUAUUGUUU